UGUGGGGUGGACCAUACAGUGACUCUCUGUAAGCCUUUCAUUUAAAGAAAGUAUACGACGAUCAGGUGAAACAUUGAGCAUCGCAUAGUGCAACGAUAUCCUGUCAUUCACAAGAUGGAUCUUUUUAUAAUUCUGCUAAUGUGUUAUGGUACGUUAAUACGAAUAAGCCUGACAGAAUCUCAAGUUAGCAUACCAGACGAGCUUAAGAUAUGCUACGUAAAUAAUAAUAUCCAAGAUUUUCAUCUACCUAUGAAUAUACGUGUGCUACUAGACAUUAUUCGUAAAACAGAAAGGUAUUAUUACUCAAUGAUGGACAUAAGAACAAUGUCAUCCUCCUUGAUGCACAGAUUUAAGCUCGAUGGCAUUGAACACUAUGAAAACAUAAGGGCAAAGAGUGGAAUACUUCCCUACGGGCAAUCUGGAAAGCAAAGCGUCAAGUAUAAGUUAGUCAAGCAAAUGGUUCCGGGACAACCUGAACUUUUUCCAUCAGAUGCACUUACAGCAAUAGAACGAUGCACUCUGCAUCAAGCCAUCUCAAACACGAUAAUGAAACAAAGCUCACGAGACACAGAUAUAUUGUGUCAAGAAAUUGGGCAAAAAUUAACAGGUAAUUUUUAUCCAACAUUAAUUAUUUAUUUAAUAGUUUCAUACUUGCGUGAAAUAUUUAAGAUUAAAAAUGAGCAAAUGUAUGAUGCAGGUAGAGCUAUAUUCGCUGAUUUGUGGAAUUGUCCAAGGGAAUACGGGGUAAUUCUCACACCGUAUGGAACCAUUGCUCCAGGUGCCAUCAUAGGAGCUAUCGCCGCUGCUCUUCAGCAUCAGAACGUUGGAUUAAAAGAAAUAAUUAGCAUGAUGACAUCUGAAAGACCUAGUACCACAGAGAGCGUGAAUCACAUCGAAGAAGUUGACUUUAUCGUGCCCAGAGAUGAAAUGAUUCGCGACAGAUCAAUGUCGUAUCACCCUUCACUUAUACAAAUAGAUAAUGUUUGGCUAGCAACGAUUGCAGGUGAACUGGCGGAAAUGGUAGUAUAUCAAGGACCGACAUUAGGCCCUAACAUGGAACUUGGAGCCACUGGAUUUUGGAACAACACUAUGCGACCUAAUGAUUUCUAUCUAAAGAAUAAAAACGGCUAUUUUGACGCCACUCGUGCCGAGAUAGUCGGUGACAUCGACGGCUUCAUCGUAGCAAGUAAGAUGCAAACCUGGGUGGAUGACUUUUAUAGCCUUCGUUUAAGUCAGAUCCUUGACAUGUAUUAUUCGGAUGAGGGUUUAACUCUAUUCAACGAGAACCUCAAAGUCUGCGACAGGAGGAAGGCUUUCUCACACGUUGUGCCAAAGACUCUCUUGGAUGAACAGACGUACGUCGCAUCUCAGCUCCUGGCCUAUUACAACAGCAUUACGUUCAAGUCUCCGGAAGCUCUCAGGGAAUUGGUAGAUUACGCGGUUACGAAAUUUUCCGAUUAUGCGAAUAAUCACCUUCUGACGGAAUUACUCUGCCGAGACAAGAAACCCUAUCCACAAGUAGAAGCGUUAAUUGCGUUCGAUGGCGCUUGGACGAGGGAGCACACGAUGGAUUUUAUCGCCGCAUUGAUAGAUGAUUUGGAUGUAUCAAUGUACGGUUCGAAGAUGGGGAUUCUGCACGGUACAUCAGGGCAGUGGUUGCUCAAUGCAACCAACAGUCCUAGUCUCGCUUAUUAUGCAGUAUCUAAUUUUACAAAAAUAUCAUGGCCUACGCGUUUAGAUUUAGCUGUAACGUUAAAGGCGAUAUCUAAUUACUUAAACGAAACUUGGGAGGCGAAGUGGCAACGACACAUAAUAGGAGGCUUUGGCCAAGCGAUAGUGAUAUUGGCGCCAUUAGCGCAAUUUUCUGAAACAGAACAACAGAUAAUAUUAACCUUGCUACGAGAAAUCAAGCGUGCUCAUCCUGAUUUGUAUUUUGUAUAUUAUACCUCACAACGCAACUCCCACCUCUUUCAACCAUUUAUAUUAUCGCAGCAAGAUCGUCUAAUAUUUAAUUCCGAUAUCGAUGCCGUUGUAGAAUAUUUAUCCACCGUGCCACGAACUCUGAGACCAGUAAUCACGUCGGGACUUGCAAAUAAUUCUUCAGAAUUUAAAGAUGAGAUGGAAGAUUACAUAAGUCCUUCGAAAUCAACUACUUACUUAUUCCAUUCAGAAUAUGCUGUUAAUACAGAGAAGUUAACAAUUACAAUUCAUAAUUUUGGAUAUGGAAUGAUAAAAGCUUGCUCCUGGAAUCAGUUUGAUGGUAAAGAACGCACGGUGUGCCAACAGCUUGAGGCACACGAAGAAAAAAGCUUAAUCGACGACUUUAAAUGCAUCGAUGCACGCUGCCCUUACAUAUACCUUCGCGUAGAAAACGCCACUUCCUUGAACAAAUGCGCAGAGAUAGAAUGCAGAUCGCCGAAUCAAGUGAGAUACAUCAUAAGGAUGGAACAUACGUAUAAAAAUUCAGCAAACCAGAUAUUUAUAAAUACAUUUAUAGUACUUUAUUUAUACUUACAACUAACCGUCAUCAACAUGUAAGAUUUGCUCAAUAAAUUUAAAACAAUUC